UCAAACUCAACAGUGCCAGAACAGUUCAAAACGUAUAAAAGGAAAAGUGUCGUGUCGAAAAAAUUUGGUUUCGCUUUUUCACUGCGCUACGAGCGAAACCCACACUCCGAUUGAUUGGCUACUGGGGGAACGAAAAUCGGAAUCGUAUCCUGCGUAGAAAACAGAUCCGUUUUCUCCCGUCUGGUCCGUCGUCGGCAGUUUAUCGGAAAUUCGUGGCGACAUUUAUUCCGUCGCCUGCUUUGAUCGCUAGAGGCACACGCGUUUCGAUUGUCGUCAUUCCUUUGCCACCCCAUCUUGUUGCUCCGUCGUCGGAGAGUAGAAAAUACGAAAACCUGCAACAAUCUCAGCCGAUCAUAAAUAGUGGGACCUCCGGAACAACGCAGUGGAUCAAAGCUCAUAUCGGUCAGGUGCGCGUAGGUGCUAGGAAACUACUUUCUGGAGCACCGGAAGUUAACGUCUGCUCAUAAAUCAUGGCUCUCAGUCAGACGUCGGUGCUCAAACUUUACAAUACUGUUAUUGAUGAUGUUAUUGCCGGCGUGCGAGAUGCAUUUCUCGACGAGGGAGUUGACGAACAAGUGCUGCAAGAGAUGAAGCAAGUGUGGACGGCGAAGUUGAUGGCAAGCAAGGCCGUCGAAACUACCCCCGACCCCUCAGAUCAACCGCCUUCAAUUCUAGCGAACAGUACAAAGUCCGUUUCCGGUUCUAAGUCUAAUGGUACCAAGAAAGCGAAAGCUGCAGCUGCUGCAGCCGCAGCCGCUGCCAACCAGGAGAAUCAGAACGGAAUGGCAAAGUCAGCCAAUAUGAAUGUACCAUCUUCUGCAGCGCCAGCGGCAAUCAAGCCAGAGCCUGUAAACGAAACACCACCAAAUAUACUGGCACAACACCAACUCCAACCACCGCCUCUGGCUCAGGCUCAACCAUCGAUACCACAACCUGCAGCAGUACAUCCACCACCUGCCCAACAACCAGCACCACCGGCAGCAGUUGUGGCAGCACUGGAUCCCAACAAAAUGGUCGCAAUUCAGAUAACCCUACCAGCACUGCCAAAUGUAGCAAACUCACAACCGAGAGUACUGACAAUCCAGGUACCGGCAUCUGCGCUCCAAGAGAAUCAACUGCAGCAAGUUCUCACUGGACCCAUUAUCACCUCCAUAAUGCCCCUACCGCCACAAAUUGCCUCAUCCGUACUCCAGCAGCAUGUUAAUUCAUAUUUGCAAAACAACACAAUGAACACAAUACAAAUUCAUAAACAGAUGGAUGGUGCCUAUGACAUGCCAAUGGACACAAUUUCUGACGAAAACUUCCAAAUUCCGAUCAUAGCGCUCUCCGAAGUGUUAAACCAUAAUUUGUUACCAAAAUCAACAUAUAAUGAAGCCGUUUCGUUACCAUCAACAUCGUCUCACUCAGCAGCGGCAAGUCGUGAGAAGAAAAAGAAAAAUCGCAGGAAAAUUUUGAUCGAAAUCAGGCACCAGGUUGAUGGUGCAGUCGAAACAUCGGACGAAGAAGCCAGCGAUAUCAGUGACGAUAAUAUUGGAGACGACGAUGAAGACGACCUGGACAAAGAAGAUGACGAAGACUUAGAUGGAGAAGGAGGCGCAGAGGAAGAACCGUUGAACAGCGAGGAUGAUGUGACCGACGAGGAUGCUUCUGAUUUAUUUGAUACGGAUAAUGUGGUUGUUUGUCAGUAUGAUAAGAUUACGAGAUCCAGGAAUAAAUGGAAGUUUUAUCUGAAAGACGGUAUUAUGAACAUUACCGGUAAAGAUUACGUAUUCCAAAAAUCCAACGGCGAUGCCGAGUGGUAGAUGACAGCGAAAAAAAGACAAAUCACUGUUGUUUAAGCUCAAGAUGUGUAAAACUUGUGUUGGUAUCCAAUCAUUCCAACAUGGUUGGGUGGUUGUUACUGGCGAAAGCGAUAUGGAAUAAGGCGAAUGUUUUAGCGGGUCUUUAUAAUGGUUGAACGACGGGACACCCUCGUUCUAAUACUUGAUUUAACUUAUGUAUUUAGCCCAGUAUCAUUAAUGAUCACAAUUUUCCCGCGACAAAUCCCAAUGUCGAAAGUAAUAAAGAAGCCUUACGAAAAUGCCUGAAGAUUUCCCUAUUUCGCUACAAAGUUCACAACUUAGUUACUAACUUUUUUAGUUGCGUAGCAAAUCUAUACAUAGAAAGCAUUCUAGUAAAUACAAUUUUGUGUAAAAAAUGUUGAUAGAUUAUGCACUUUCUAAGUUAAAAUCCACACCGAAAACAAAAUAGGUUUAAAUUGCCCCUUUCACUAGUUAUGAGUUGGUUGUCCUCUAGGAUAGACAAAAACGAGUCAAAUUGAAAACAAACAAAAAAUGACCGAUUGGAAUAAUGAUGGGUCUUGCAUACUACUACCUAUAUAAAUACCAACUCGACAAGUUGUGUAUCUCAAAAAUAUCGUUUAUCUAAAUUUUCAGGCUACUUUGGAUGAUUUGAAAGUACAGCAUCAAACUUGAUUUGUACGGACAUAUCGACAUUGUUACACUUGAGAAGUUAAUCAAAGUAAAUAUGUAGAAUUAUAAGCAAUUUCAAUCCCCA